AUGAACGCGACGGUGGUGCCACCUGACUCUGGCCACUGGCUAACAAACACCGAUAGGAUGGGUGGAUUAGCUUACGGGAUCGGAGUCUCCAUUGGUAUACUAAUGCUAAUUACCACAAUCACCCUCGCCUCUUAUUAUUGCACUCGAAGCCAUAUCAAUGCUUCUCCCACGACCACUCCGAGGACAAGACGCCGGCAAAGAGAAACCAAUGAAACGUUGCAAGCUGGCCAAGAAGGGUUCAACUUCGAAGGUGACGACGACCAAAACGAUACCGUUGUGGUCGAAGUCUUGGGGCUAAACGAUGAGGUGAUCAAGAGUUUUCCUAAGCUUGCGUACGAAGAGGCUUGUGUGAGCUACAGCUUGCAAAGGGAAUCGAGUUCGACGACGUGUUGUUCUAUAUGUCUUGCGGAGUACAAGAAGAAGGACAUGAUCAGGGUUUUGCCCGAUUGUAACCACUUGUUCCACGACAAGUGCGUUGACCCUUGGCUCAAGCUUCAUCCGACGUGUCCCGUUUGCCGUACGUCUCCGUUACCGUCGCCGGCGAUAACUCCUGUCGCUGACGUUGUUUCCUUUUCCCGCCGGCCAAUGAUGGAUAUUUGACUUUCUUUCGUCACGUUUUAAAGAUAUUG